AUUGGAGCAGCUACCCCGUCCUUUUCUCAACAAAUCACGGACAUCCAGCGGCUACUCCAAGAUUCCGGAUUGACAUUUGUCACACAUACUACCGGAACGACAAUUGAGAGCAAGGACUCACCCACGAGAAAAACAAUAGAAGGUUCAUGGGACCAGGUUGUCCAGCUGAUUGGAAUGGCACACACCCUCACUCAUCAGCAAGGGAUUGCUAGAGUUCAGACAGAUAUCCGCAUUGAAACUAGGUAUUGA